AUGACGGCAGCUACGGAGACGAGCGAAAUAUACCCCAUUUCCACAUUCAUACACGAUCUACCCGUUACUCUGAGUGCCACGCUGCCUCGCGAAGCGGGAGGAGCAGCAGUAGCAGCACCACCACCAGCACCACCACCAGGUUCCAUCUCAGCGAGACGGCUCAUCAUCAUCGGGGACGUGCACGGCCUACGAAAAUCGUUGGAAGCGCUCCUCGACGCGGUGGGGUUUGACAAAUCACAGGGCGACGAGGUUAUUUUCGUAGGGGACCUGGUCAGCAAGGGCCCUGAUUCCGGGGCCGUCAUUGACUUUGCCGGGCGUAUUGGCGCAAGAGGGGUGAGAGGGAAUCAUGACGACGCCGUUCUGAGGGCCGCUCAGCGGCUCAAGAUGGGAGCGGGCCAUGAUUGUCAUGAUGAUGAUGAUGAUAAUGACGGCGCCGCAGAAGGGGCAGGCGAGGACCGCGGUGGGAAGAAGGAGAAGAAGAAGAGGAGCGUGAGCGCUCGUACGGCGGCAGCAUUGUCCGACUCGCAGCUCGAAUACCUCGCUUCGCUUCCUCUCAUGGUGCGCAUUACGGCGACGCCGUCGCUGCCGGGGAUCGAGCAGAUUGUUGUCGUGCACGCGGGGCUGGUGCCGCGGGUUCCGCUGGAGGAGCAGCCUGCCCACGCGGUGAUGCACAUGCGCAGCUUGAGGGCGGUGGAAGGGUGCCUUGUGCCGUUGGAAGAAGCCGGGGAGCGCGGCUGGAUCGUGGAAUGGGAUGCGUGGCAGGAGGAGUGUGCGGGGAAGACCAUGGUUGUGUUUGGGCACGAUGCCAAGAGGCGGCUGCAGAGGGGCAAGUACGCCUUGGGCCUGGAUACUGCGUGUGUCUAUGGGGGCAAGCUGAGCGCUUGGGUUGUCGAGGCGGGCGAGGCGAGGGUUGUGCAGGUUGACUGCGCGGAUGAGGUGGAUGAGGUCCGUGGCUCGUGA